GUUUUUCAGGAUAAUAGAUGGGUUGAUUGUGGGAUCUCAUGCGAAGUGAACCUGGGCGUUGCGCCUAGAAGGCUGUGCACGUGAGAGGCACGUGAUAUGACUGUACCGCUAUGCAGUCGCCUCUUCUCUUCCCCCUCCAAGAACCUAGGGCGACGUUCGACAGAAAACGGUCAAAAACCCACCGGAGGACACCGAGACUCUACCGGAAAACCUCCGACUGAUGAAUGUUCCUACCAAAAUAGCCGACAGACUCCCUCUCCAUCUCCUCCUCCCCCUCGCCUGUCGUCUCCCUCUUCCUCACUCAGAUUCGGAACCCUAGGAACUCCCCAGCGGAGAAGAAGACCGGGACUGGGCGGGAGCUUCCCGGCAGAAAUGGCGCGGAGCUCAGAGAAGAAUCUGAGCGACGCCUGUAUGAUUUCCGCGGUUCGUCCGGCCACAGAAGCUCGUGCCGAGGAGGCAAUUGAAGCCAUUAAAGGCGGCAAGGUCAUUGCCGUUCCCACGGACACGCUCUACGGGUUCGCCUGUGACGCCUGUUCGUCAGAGGCCGUGAACAGGAUAUACGAGAUCAAAGGGCGCAGACACACGAGUCCCCUAGCAAUCUGCGUUGGUGAUGUCUCUGACAUUCCGCGUUACGCUGUCACAGACCAUUUGCCCAGUGGUUUGCUCGAUGCGCUCCUUCCCGGGCCUGUCACUGUCAUAUUGGGACGAGGGGAUUCGAGUAUCCUUGAGAAGUCUCUGAAUCCUGGAUUGGAUAGUAUAGGAGUUCGGGUACCCGACUCUGAUUUCAUAAGGGUCAUUUGCCGUGGUUCAAGAAGCGCAUUGGCUCUAACUAGUGCAAACCUAAGUGGCCAGCCCAGUAGUGUCUCCAUCAAGGAUUUUGAGGAUCUCUGGGAGCACUGCGCCUAUGUUUAUGAUGGAGGCAUUCUUCCUUCAGGGCGUGCAGGAUCGACAAUUGUGGACCUCACGAGGCUUGGCAAGUACAGGAUUCUUAGACCCGGAAGCGCGAAGGAAGAGACCAUCGCCAUCCUCGAACGCCACUCAUUGACCGAAGGAAGUUGACCGAUAGAUAGAGCACUAUUGUGCGAUCACAGUACUCUUUGUUUGGUCUGAAGUUUUAAUGGACAGGUGCAAUUUUCUUGUGCUGAUCGAUUUCAAUCCCAUGGUUAUUCAUGAUUCGUCAUUGUACGUGUUCUACGACUCGAACAGUGAUUUCGCCCCCACUUCUGUACAAGGUGUCAUAUUUCCUUCUUUCUG